UUGACACCGGAAGCCGCAUGUUAGUGAUUUCCCGUUUGAAUUUUCUGGAAAAAACUGCUCUCCAAGCCCACUAAAAUGAGCCUACUGCAGUGUUAUAACAAGGGGUGUGGACAAAAAUUUAAGCAAGAAAUUAACGAAGAAGGAUGUUGUACAUACCAUCCAGGGGUACCUGUGUUUCAUGAUGCUUUGAAAGGAUGGUCAUGCUGUGAAAAGAGAAGCACUGAUUUCACACAGUUUCUUAAUUUUCCUGGUUGUACAACAGGUCAACAUAGCAAUGAAAAGCCAAAAGAGCCAGAAAAACCAGAGAAAAUUGAAAACGAAGAACUUUUAAAAGAAAAAGUGAUAGAAGUCCGACAACCACAACCUAAAACAAGAUCAGCUGAUGAACGACCUUCACAGUAUGACCCUAUGCAAAGGUUAAAGGUUACAGUUGGUGCAUCACUUAAACAGGCUUUGGAAAAACAGAUGAAAGAGCUAGAAAUAUCAAAAGCUUCAGAUGAUACUACAACCACAGAAAGCGGUAUAAAGAUCGGGGAAAGUUGUAAACAUAAUUCUUGUAAAGCAUGUUAUCAGGGAGAACAAAGUAAUGAAGAAACCUGUACAUUUCAUCCUGGUGUGCCAAUAUUUCAUGAAGGGUUGAAAUACUGGUCAUGUUGUAGGAAAAAAACAACAGAAUUUGAUAAUUUUCUGGACCAAGUUGGCUGCGAGACAGGAAAACAUGUAUGGGUGAAACAAGAGGUGCCUGGUGAAAAAAAAUCCUGUAGAUUUGACUGGCAUCAAACUGGACCAUAUAUAACAUUAUCUGUAUUCUCUAAAGUAGCAGAUCCUGAUAAAACUGUGAUAGAGGCUAAUAAAAUUAUGGUUAAUAUAAAUAUAGUAUUUGAAGGAGGAAAAAGUCUGUUUGAGAAAAAUGUACAUCUUCGAGAGGAAAUUAUUCCAGAAGAAAGUAAUGUAAAGAUGUUGGGCACAAAAGUAGAAAUAAAUCUAAAGAAAGCAGAGCCAUUUAGCUGGGCAGAUUUAGAAUAUAAACCUCCUGUAGAGAAAUCUUGACACAAGAAUGACUAGUUAUAUAUAAUAAAUCAGUUAUAAUAUAGAAAAUGUGUUUUAUGAUUGUGCAAUAGUUGAAACAAUCAUCAAUUUAAGAAACAUUUUUUUAUGACACAUUUAAAAUUUUUUGUUUGACAUACCCCUUGUCUUUGGAAUUGCAGUAAAAGAAAAUAUCACCAUUAUUAAUUCCAAUAAAGCACUAAUUUUCAAUUCAAAACAUAGAUUCAGGACAUCAUGAAAAAAUAUGACGUCAUCAAACCACAAAUUUGUAUGAUGUCAUGUCAGACUUGUAAUCUGCAUGACAUCAUGUCAAAACCCAUUCUAUAUGAUGUCAUGACACAUAAAAACAAUAUGUGUAUAUAAUAUGUCUGUUUCAAUUUCACACACCAUAUCAACCCUAAACGAAUAUCAUCCCUUGAACAGAGCUCUUGGGAAUGUAUUGGUGUCUUUGGUUGAUAUGGAUGUGAUAUUGAAAAAGCCAUAUGGUAUUCUCUAUUGAUUGAAUGCCAUAGAAAUUGAUAAAAUAUUACAUCAUCUUCAAGUAUUUUUGCAUUAUUGUUUUAUAGUGUAAAAUAGUUUAUAUCUUAAAUAUGUUAUUGUUUUCUUCUUUACAUGCUCAGUAUGAGUUAUAAUCAUAAUGUUUGAAAUCGAUUGGUUUAUUAUUGAUAUAAUGCAUAUUCAUAUAGGCAUGUUUUGUUUGUUCUCUGUCAUAUUUUGAAGAUAUCAUAAUGUGAGAGUUGAAUUUAAUUGCUUUGCUCAGAAAAUAUCUACCUUGCUUUUAGCUUCAAUUUUGUCAAUGGCUACUAAGCCAUAUACAGCAUGCAUAGUUACUGAUUAUAUCCUAUUUCACCAAAAUGUCAAUGUUUAAUGACACAAUAUUAUGAAAGAAGUAAAAGUUACUCAUAAUAACACAUAGCUAGUUUUUUUGGUUUAUCCUGUGUACAUAGCAUUACUAUUAAAAAAGCUUUAUCAAAUUUCAUGGUGAUCAUUUGUAUCAACUUUUCAGACUUCCAUAGUAAGAUAUCUUCUCUGAUAAAACUAAUUCUAGAGGGCAAUACAUAUUUACAAUUUACCUUCAAAGAAUUUUAAGAGGCAAUACUUUGAUAUAUGUUUCCUUUGGAUUUGUUUUAUAUUUAUUGUGUGUAAUUAUAAAACAUUAAUAAUUGAUUCCUUUGGUGUUUUAUGUUCUUUUAAAUUGACAAGUUGUUUUACAUUACUAAUAUUUGGGGCCCUUUAUAGCUUGCUGUUUGGUGUGAGCCAAGGCUCCGUGUUGAAGGCCGUACCUUGACCUAUAAUGGUUUACUUUUAUAAAUUGUUAUUUGGAUGGCGAGUUGUCUCAUCGGCACUCAUACCACAUCUUCCUAUAUCUUAAGUAAAUUGUUUUAUUAUACUUAUUUAUACCUUUUUAGAUUGUUAAUACAAUUGAUGAUUUUGAGGCUUUCAUGUCAAUACUUUACUAUUGAAUAUGUAUCUUAAAUUAGUAAUUACAGAAUGGAAAUCAUCUGACACAUGAUGGUCACUGAUUUAGAAAUAGUCAAUCUACCACUUUUUAAAUAGAAGGAAAAAAGACUUAAAAUGCAACACUGUUUUUAUUAGAAAUAUUAAACAUUCAGCAUACCAUAGGAAUAAAAGUAUUAUGAGAGUUGCAUUUCAACCACAUUGUGAGCUUACUAAUGUAAUAUUUUGUAAGUCAAUGCAUUGUUAUUCCAUAUUAAUUACACAUUUUCUACAAGAAUAUUGGUGAUGUAUUUAUUUAAGAAAAUAAACAUUUACUGUAUUGAAAUCUUUAUGAUAUGCAUCCCAUACGAUAUGAAUAAAGAAAUAUGAGUGAAA